UCUUCACUUCCUGUUGUGGACCACUUCCGCCCGGUAGUGGCUGGAAGAAGACGCAGCGAUGGCGGGGGAGGUUUACUUACUCUGGUUAUUGCCGCUCUUACAAACGCUGGCGGCGUUCGGUGCGGAGCUCUCCUCGGAGGCGUGUCGGGAGCUGGGAUUCUCCAGCAACCUUCUGUGCAGCUCGUGUGAUUUACUCGGUCAGUUCAGUCUGACCCAGCUGGAUCCGUUCUGCAGGCAGUGCUGCCAGGAGGAGGCGCAGCUCGAGUCCAGGAAGCUCUAUCCUGGAGCCAUCCUCGAGGUCUGUGGAUGAAAAUUGGGGAGGUUCCCCCAAGUCCAAGCUUUUGUCAGGAGUGACAAGCCGAAGAUGUUCAAGGGUCUUCAAGUCAAGUACGUGCGAGGCUCUGAUCCUGUACUGAAGCUGCUGGACGAUAACGGGAACAUCGCUGAAGAACUCAGCAUCCUCAAGUGGAACACGGACAGCGUGGAGGAAUUCCUCAGCGAGAAACUCGACCGGAUUUAACUCCUCGGUUCGUUUUCUCUUUUUACAGCGCCGGAACUGAGCGACUGGACCAGAAAAUCAUCCGAUAAUAAUCAGUGAUGCUCAAAAUGAUGCUCGAAACGUUUUGUUCCAGUCGUCCGAAGAGAUUUUUAUAACGUCGUUAAUUUACUUUAGUUCUAAUUUCGCCCCGUUUUGUUCGGAUCGUAAAUAAUUCCGACGUGUGAUUCCGCCCGUCCCGUUUAUUUUGUACUGUAUAUUUGAUGAACGUCUGCUGAGUGUACCGGUGUCGGAGGGUUUCCAGUUUUUCUCCAGACCUUUGUACUGGUGAAGAUCUGCUCAUUAGUGAUGGACUCACAGCAAACCAGUAAAUGGUGUGUGAGCCCUGAUGUGUGUGUGGUUCUCCCAGUAUGAAGCGAUGGAGAGAAACUGAGCUCUCGUGCUGGUAUAUAAACGUGAGAUCUGUUCAGUAAUAAACACUUGGUUAAACACGUGGCUCUAAA